AUGGCCGCGCCCAGCAUUGCUCGAAAUCGCGCUGUUAUUGGUGGAGUGUGUUUGACAGUUACAGUUGGCGUCUGCGGCUGUGCCGCGUUCUGUUACUAUGGCCACACACACACUUCCGGGUUUGGAUUUCCGGCCGUUGCAUUCUGUCACCAGCUGCUGACGCCGCCAACUUUGAAGAUGUCUUCAGAUGGCGAGAGCACAAGAAGUCCUGUUUUACCAAAUGAUUCAGACCACGGCAGUUCAGUAUCCUCAGAUUUCCAGGAUGAAUAUGACCAGCUUCUUCGUUACGCUGUGGUAACUCCAAAGUUUGGGUCUCAUUUCCUCAGGGAGCAUCAAACGACUGCUGAGCAAACCACAAGUGACAGGUUUUCAAGUCCCAGGGAAUCUGAGCAAGAGCAGGCUGCAGAAAGAAGUCAAACUUCAUCCUCUCAAGAUCUUCAUCAGCAAUCAAAUAGAGAAAUUGAAAGAGACAAUCCUGCAACUGAAGCAGAUCAUCAUUCAGCAUCAAGGAGCCAAACGGAGCAGAUAGCAUUUCAGAGAUCACCAUUUGCUUCAGUCCUGGAAGCAUUCUCUCCUGUUCACUCAGAGGAGAUGUCUCUUCAUGGAUCCUCCUCUUCCUCUACGAGGUCACAGGUGGAACAAGUCAGAGUAACAGAGCUCCCCAUCCCUGCUGAAGACCUGCAACAGGUGGAAGAUUUGCUUGAACUAUGGAGUGGGGGGCUUAAG